UGUUAUUUCAAAAAAAACGGAUCUAAAAAAAUUCCACACGAUGGGUAAAAGGAAGUAUAUACAAUUCAUAAAAUCAGAAAUACGAUGGGAAAUACCAAGAUUCAUGGGUAUUACAGAGGAACGCCCGACGAAGUUUUCGAGUUUAACACCGUCUUCAUACCGCAAUAUGUUGGAUGAAUGAAGGGUUGAAGAUGGGAUGGAGAGCUAGCCGGCGACUUCUUCUAGAGAGAUGUGAAAGCACUUUGCAUAUUAGCCCCCAAAAAACACUCAUACCACAAAAGGGAUAAGACCGGGAAAUGGCGACUCUCUCUGCCUCGCCCCUUGGAAGCCUCCACUUACCAGCUAACCAUUUUUCUUCCUCCGAUCUUCACAAUUUGUUCAUGUGAUGUAUUCUACAAUAGGAAACCGUUCGGAAGUCACCAACAAAACCACCGUUUAACACUGCGAGGGACCAAGAGGCAAGGAAUUCGUCUCCUCACCAAGCUUAAUGCAUCUCAAAGGAACAGGAGCUCAAAGAAAGAGGUGAUCAUGGUUGAUCCUUUGGAAGCCAAGCGAUUAGCUGCAGAAGAAAAGGAGGAAAUUGAAACCAAACAGAGACUGAAAAGGCGGCGUCAAAUAGAAGCUAUAAACGGUGCUUGGGCUAUGAUUGGUCUAACAGCAGGGCUUGUGAUUGAAGGGCAUACAGGAAAGAGCAUUCUUGCUCAGUUGGCUGGAUACUCUUCUGCAAUUAUUAGCAUUUUUGAAAGAUUGAUCGAUCCAUUAAAUCCGUUUUGGUGAAAAUUGUGUCUUAUUAUUGCUGCAUUCAAAUUGCCUCUACCGCCACCAAAAUGGGUUCGGGAAGAAUGGCAUGGCAAGCCUAUAUAUAUAUAUAUAUAUAUAUAUAUAUAUAUAUAUAUAUAUAUAUAUAUAUAUAUAUAUAUAUAUAUAUAUAUAUCUCUCUCUCUCUCACACACACACACUCCUUGAAGUCGAGCGGUCUGAGCUCGUACAUUUGGACUUCACUUGUAUUGUUCAUUUUCUUGUAGUGAUAAAAAAAACCCUGUCCUCCUGUACGUACUCAGUAACUUUAUGUGGAAAUUGUUUGGUUGUGAAGUCUCAUGCACUGUAAUACUCCGGGCUACUAAAUAUACUUAUUCCCAUGGU